AUGAAUAUCGACAGCGCCCCUCACAUCAGCCAGGCCAUUCAGACCAAGAAGCCUGUGCCUGACAUAGAUUUCUCGCUUCAUACCAUGGAAGAUGGUACUGAAGUCAGCACCCAAGAGCGAGUCUGCAAAGGCAAGUAUGUGCAAGCGCCAGCUUUCAAUCCCCCCACCGAUGAGCAAUUUCGCUCACCUCAAGAUCAUAACAAGCCGAAUCUACAAUUUCUCAAACAGCACUUCUACCGCGAAGGUAGGUUGAAAGAAGAGCAAGCAUUAUGGAUCAUAGAACAAGGGACGAAAGUAUUGGAGGCGGAGCCCAAUCUCCUUGAGAUGGAUGCGCCAAUAACAGUGUGCGGCGACGUACACGGCCAAUACUUUGAUUUGAUGAAGUUGUUCGAAGUUGGUGGUGAUCCUGCUGAGACCCGAUACCUCUUCCUUGGCGAUUAUGUUGAUCGAGGUUAUUUCAGCAUCGAGUGCGUUCUGUACCUGUGGUCCUUGAAGAUAUGGUAUCCCAACACCUUGUGGCUGCUCCGUGGCAAUCACGAAUGCCGACAUUUGACCGACUACUUUACCUUCAAGCUCGAAUGCAAACACAAGUACUCAGAAAAAAUCUACGAAGCAUGCAUGACGUCUUUCUGCGCCCUACCGUUAGCGGCCAUCAUGAACAAACAAUUCCUUUGCAUACAUGGUGGGCUCAGCCCUGAGCUACAUACUCUCGAAGAUCUCAAGAAUAUUGACCGCUUUCGGGAGCCCCCCACCCAUGGUUUAAUGUGCGAUAUUCUGUGGGCCGACCCACUGGAAGAAUUUGGGCAAGAGAAGACAUCGGAAUUCUUCGUGCACAAUCACGUUCGAGGGUGCUCAUACUUCUUCUCUUACCCAUCAGCAUGCGCUUUUCUGGAGAAGAACAACCUCCUAUCUGUCAUACGCGCUCACGAGGCUCAAGAUGCAGGCUACCGCAUGUACAGAAAGACGAGAACUACUGGCUUUCCGAGUGUCAUGACUAUCUUCAGUGCGCCCAACUAUCUGGAUGUCUACAACAACAAGGCCGCAGUAUUGAAGUACGAGAACAAUGUGAUGAACAUUAGACAAUUCAAUUGCACCCCUCAUCCCUACUGGCUGCCUAACUUCAUGGACGUCUUCACUUGGUCGCUGCCGUUCGUCGGUGAAAAGAUCACUGACAUGCUGAUCGCUAUCCUGAAUACUUGCUCGAAAGAGGAACUCGAGGACGAUACACCAAUAUCCUCUACAGGUCCUGCCUCACCACCUAUCGAGGAGUCAGCCGAGGCGAAGCGGCGCCAAAUCAAAAAUAAAGUCCUUGCUAUCGGGCGGCUUUCAAGGGUGUUCCAAGUCCUCCGAGAAGAGUCUGAACGAGUCACAGAACUCAAGACUGCAUCUGGCGGUAGACUACCUGCUGGAACACUCAUGCUUGGGGCGGAGGGUAUCAAACAGGCCAUCCACUCCUUUGAAGAUGCCCGAAAGGUGGAUUUGCAGAAUGAGAAAUUGCCACCAACACACGAUGAAGUGACUCGCAAGAGUCUUGAGGACCGUAAAGAGGCACUUGAAAGAGCGAAAACUGAGGCGGAAAAUGACCCAGAUAUUGCGCAGGUCGCACGUAGGAUCAGCGUGUCCUCGGGAAGCAAGAAUAGCGUGCAUCGUGCCGAGGUUUAUGCACCAAAGGGCGCGACCCCUCGGACGCGACCUCCUAACAUCCUACAAAUGCCUCUGAAGUCACUGGCAUUCACCCAAACUCUCCCUGGCGUCAUUGGAAGCUCCUACAUAUGUCAAUCUUGCCUCUCCAAAAUAUCGAAUGGGUGGAAACGGCCGCCCGAGACUCUUCGCCGCCUAUGGAAUGGCAAGCUCCAAGGCCGGAACAUCAGUGGUCGGCAGGCUUCUACCGCAGCGUCCCUAACAACGAUCAAAAGAGGGAAAGACUCGUCACGAGAGUCUGGAAGUACUCAUGAUCCCUUUCAGAGAUUGCCCCUAACACUUCCUGGGCGCCACGCGCACAUCGGCCGCCGUCUACCUCCUUCGAGCAUACGACUAGCCUCUACUAUAGCCUCUGUGACAGCGGUCAAUGCAAGAAGAGAAAUACCAUACAAUGCUGAGAAGCUUUAUGAAGCUUUGGCUGCGUUGGAGAUUGAAGCAGGCACAUACGUCAACCUCAGCCAAUUACGGCUGGCGUUGAGGGGCUUGGAAAAAGAAAAUAAUGUGACAAGAGUAGCAAUUCUUGGAAGGGACAGCCGAGCUAGCAUAACCCAAUUGGCAAGACUCCUGCUCGCGGAUCCGCUCUUGGAUGAGUCGGAAUGGGAGAAGAGGCUCCAUGAAGAUGAGAGCGAUGAAAAGGCUCUGCUGCUAAGAUAUGGCGAGCAUCUAGACGUGGACGAUCGACAUUCCCUGAUCAAGACGUUUUCUAUACCUGCAUCAAUCCUGCACGAGCACAACCUCGAGAUAUUCGUGCAAGCCAUUCCAACAAGCGAAUCUGAAGGAGGCACUACAAAUCCACUCGUUCUGGAUCUCGAAACGCCGAAUAGUGCGGGCCGAGUGUCCAGAUUUACAUACCCUGUUCACAAAAGCAUUAUCUACGCAGAGAGCCUUGAUGACACCGCAGCUUUGACGCCCCUUACGAAGUUGGCGGAUAUCGGACUAGACCAACGUACACAGCUGGUCAAAGGCGUUGUCAAUAGUUCCUUAAUGGUUCCGGAGGAUGCUCGAUCCGGAACCGCUCUGAUCAAGCCCGUCAACUUACAUGCCGCUUCAAACGGCAUUAUAACCCUUCGUGCGGAAAUCGACAAAUCAAUGGUCGUUGAGAAUUAUUGGCUUUCCAGCGGCAUCACAGCCAUAUCUGACUGGCUGAUCUCAGCACGCACCAUCGAAUCACCGCAUACAGUACCUACUCAUGUCUCAAACCUCAUCCAUGUAAUCAUUACCUCGGCCAGCAACUCUAUCGCCGCCGCCACAACUGCUGCCACAGCCACUGCGGAUUCCCAAACCGUCUCUCCACUCACCCGCGCACUACUAUCCCAAUCAAUCGACACAUGGGCUGAAAAUGCCCACAGUGAGCUCCGCGAUCGCCUCUCCGCAGCCUUUGCAAGCAAAUCCUACACUCGCCUUUCCUGGUACCUCCUCCCCUUCCACAGCGACUCCAUCACCCUUUCCCUCACCUCGCUCCUCGACAAAGCUUUCCUCCCUGACGCAGAGAAGCAAAUGAUAUACCUCAGCGGCCGCCUCUACCAAUCCGGCCUCGUUGAGCCCUUUUCCCUCCGUGCGCCGCUCUCCUCGCCAGCCGAUGAAGGCAACUUUCGAGAUGAGCAAGGCCGAUUGAUAGAGUCGCACGAAGCUUACGAGCUCCGGCGUUAUGGCACCCUUCCCUCUGGGCCCAGACGGCUUACAGUCGGCGAUGUCGUACUGCCUGAUCGCAAGGUCCCCGCUUUUGACACUCCAGCUGGCACAGAACCGCUAUCUCCUCAGCACUACUUCCCGACCAUCCGCCACACCCGCGCUCGACUUGCACAAAUGACAAUUCCGCCUCUGCACAGCUUGGCGCAGCGCUUGGUAUUGAAAGCAUGGUCUACCAUCCUUGCUGCGACCGGUCUCUCGGCUUGGGUCUACGUCACUAUUUCUGCGACUUCGGUAUAUGAGGCUGGGACUGUUGCCGCGGUGGGAAGUGUGUGGGCGUUGAGACAUCUGCAGACGAGAUGGGAGGGUGAGAGGAGGAAGUGGGAGGAAUUAGUGAGAGAGGAGGGGAGACUGGCGCUUGUGGAGUUAGAAAGGGUGAGUAGGAGGGUGGUCGAAGUGGGAGGACAAGGGUUGGUUGAUGAGGAGGGAGUGGAAGAGAGGGAGAGGGCAGAGAGAGCAGUGGAGAGAUGUUGGAAAGAGCUUAGGGAGGUGGAGGAGAGGAGCUAG